AAAGUGACUGCAGCGCACAGCACACACUCUCAUCGGGACGCGCGUUUCUUGCAAGAUGGAUUUGAACCUCUAUCUCCAGAGGAUUGGAAUCACAGAAUUGAAACCAGAUUUCUCCACACCGUCCCUUUCAGCGCUUCGGGAGCUACAUCGCCGCCACCUGUUCUCUGUACCAUUCGAGAGCCUCAGUAUGCACAUCGGGGAGAAAAUUAUCCUGGAUACCCUCUGGAUUUAUCAGAAAAUUGUUCUGAGAAAACGAGGGGGCUUUUGUUUUGAAAACAACGGCCUUUUCUUGUGGGUGUUACAAGAGUUGGGGUACCAGCCACUGGUGCUAUCGGCCAAAGCAAUGAACCCAUUCACUUGUGUUUUUGGACCUCCGUUUGACCACAUGAUACUGAGUGUGGAGUUGGAGGGCAGGCGGUGGCUUUGUGAUGUUGGCUUCGGAGAUGGAAUCCUGGAUCCAUUUCCAGUGGAGGCAGGAUGGGAAGAGGAGCAGGACAGUGGCGUGUUUCGGGUACGGGUGGAAGCAGGAGAGUGGCACCUGGAAAGGAAGGAGGACAAUGACCAGUGGAGGAGCCUGUACAAGUUCACCCUUGAAGAGAGGAGAUUUGAGGACUUCAGGGAGAUGGGUGACUUUCUCCAGACCUCACCAAGGUCUCUCUUUGUUUGCAAAUCUCUCUGUUCCCUAAAGCUACCAGAUGGCAGACUGACCUACAUCGGACGCAAGCUGAUCAGCACAGAGUAUAUCAAGGGCGGUGGGAGUGUGAAGACCACCGAAGAACUCAGCGAUGAGGAGAUCCCUGACCUGCUCAGAGAAAAGUUUGGCAUUGUGCUGAAUGCAAUAUUUGUUCCGAAGGAUGAGAUGUUGGCCCCGCCUCCUGAUGGACAGUGAGGCCUCAGUUGAUAUAUGGCAUUUACACAGUUGUGUGUAUUAUAUCAAUAUUAAAAUUAAGGAAUACAUAGAAUUACGCAUCUUAAACAUUUCACAGCGGCCACAUUGGGCAUUCUGAAAUAAAUGUGGAUCUUUGCCACCCCUAUAAACCAGCCUGUAAAAGUAGCCAUCAUCGCUAUAAGACGGCAUGUGAACAAGCCCUAUCCUUGGUGCAAAAGAAGUGUGUGAAAUCGAGCGGCUCUCUAAGUAGCCGGCAAUUCCACCUACACACUCACCAUCAUGCCACCGUGCUGCUCGUAGUUAUUAUUAUUGGGCCUGAUUCAGAGUAACGUACUAAUCCAGUGUUUGUGGGUCUACGCAUGCGCAGGACCUGUUCUAUACAUGGCCAGAACAGGUGCUACGAGAUCGCUCGCAGUCCCCCUUAGCCCCAGCAAAACUAAUGAAUCUUACUAUCCGAUAUUCUAAUGUGUUUUCCACCGAUGAGUGUCCGCUGAAGAAAUCACACACAGGUGAUGGAGAAACGCAUCCAGACCAGUUCCUUGGAUUAACACCUUUUCAUGUACAAUCAUUACGCCUCAUCCCCUUACCUGCAGAACAGACUCUAACAAACGUUAACUUCAACCACUUUAAACAGUAAUAUCUCCAUUUUUGUUUUUUUAAAUACAUUUUCUUUUUUUUAAUUGAAAUAUGAUAUUGCAUAAUUAUCAAAUAAAAUACAAAAAAACCUCUGGCGCUGACUAUAGUAUAUAUAGAUGUGACUUUGCAUAGACACCAUAAAUGUGUAUAACUACUGCCCUGUAUGAGCAGAACCUUGUGAAAGGUACAGAAUGCAUCUGUGUGUCUGUGAGAGGCACACAUUAUGCGUCAGUGUGUGUGAGAGGCACAGAGUAUGCGUCAGUGUGUGUGAGAGGCACAGAGGGUGCGUCAGUGUGUGUGAGAGGCACAGAGUGGCAUCAGUGUGUGCAAGAGGCACAGACGGUGCGCCAGUGUGUGUGAAAGGUACAGAAUGUGUCUGUGUGUCUGAGAGGCACAGAGGGUGCGCCAGUGUGUGUAAGAAGCACAGACAGUGCGUCAGUGUGUGUGAGAGGCACAGAGUGCCGUCAGUGUGUGUGAGAGGCACAGAUUGGCAUCAGUGUGUGCGAGAGGCACAGAGUGCGUGUCAGUGUGUGUGAGAGGCACAGAGUGCCGUCAGUGUGUGUGAGAGGCACAGAGUGCAUGUCAGUGUGUGUGAGAGGCACACAGUAAGCAUCAGUGUGAGUGAGAGGCACAGAGUGCGUGUCAGUGUGUGUGUGAGAGGCACAGAGGGUGCGUCAGUGUGUGGAAAGGCACAGAGUGCAUGUCAGUGUGUGUAAGAGGUACACAGUAUGCAUCACUGUGAGUGAGAGGCACAGAGUGCACGUUAGUGUGAGUGAGAGGCACAGAGUGUGCGUCAGUGUGUGAGAGGCACAGAGUGUGCGUCAGUGUGUGAGAGGCACAGAGUGUGCGUCAGUGUGAGUGAGAGGCACAGAGUGUGCGUCAGUGUGUGAGAGGCACAGAGUGUGCGACAGUGUGAGUGAGAGGCAGAGUGCACAUCAGUGUUUGUGUAGAGACACAGACUACACGUCACUGUGUGUGAGAGGCACAGAGUGUGUGUCUGUGUGUGUGAGAGGCACAGAGUGUGCAUCAGUGUGUGUGAGAGGCAUAGAGUGCACAUCGGUGUGUGAGAGACACAGAGUAUGUAUCAGUGUGUGAGAGGCACAGAGUGUGUAUCAGUGCGUGAGAGGCACAGAGUGUGUGUCUGUGAGAGGUACAGAGUGUGUGUCUGUGUGUGUGAGAGGCGCAGAGUGCACCUCAGUGUGUGAGGGGCACAGAGUGUGUAUCAGUGUGUGAGAGGCACAGAGUGCGUAUCAGUGUGUGAGAGGCACAGAGUGCACAUCAGUAUGUGUGUGUGUAGAGGCACAGAGUGUGUAUCAGUGUGUGAGAGGCACAGAGUGUGUAUCAGUGUGUGAGUGGCACAGAGUGCACAUCAGUGUGUGUGUAGAGGCACAGAGUGUGCAUCAGUGUGUGAGAGGCACAGUGUGUGUAUGAGUGUGUAUGGAGGCAUAGAGUGCGCAUCAGUGUGUGAGAGGCAGAGUGUGCAUCAGUGUGUGAAAGGCACAUAGUGUGUGUCUGUGUGUGUGUGAGAGGCAGAGUGUGUAUCAGUGACUGUGAGAGGCACAUAGUGUGUGUCUGUGUGUGUGUGAGAGGCAGAGUGUGUAUCAGUGACUGUGAGAGGCACAUAGUGUGUGUGUGUGUGAGAGGCAGAGUGUGUAUCAGUGAUUGUGAGAGGCACAUAGUGUGUGUCUGUGUGUGUGAGAGGCACAGAGUCAGCUGCGUUUUAAGAGAGGAGGAGGCCUGGGUGCAGCCUCCUCCGUUCGGGCCCCCUCCUCUCUUCCGGCAGCGGGGAGAGUCUGAGCACUAGAGUGCUCAGACUCUACUGCGCAUGCGCAGAUCCCCGGGAAAAUGGCGCGGUGGCCAUUUUCCCUGAGAUUUCUCUACUGCGCAUGCACAGAACUCCGUGAAAAUGGGCAAAAUGGUUUUAACACCGUCGUGGACGUCGCCGCGGGACUCCGGAGGGGUGAGUAUUCACAAAAUGGGUGCAGCGUGUGCGGUAGGGGCCCCCUCUGGACUCAGUUUUUACUGAGGAAAAUGCGCAUGGCGGGAAUACGUAAGGAGAUUUUAGUACAUUUUUAUUUGCCCAUCUUAGAGAGUGUCCUUACAUACGGGAUUAUGGUAUGGUUUGGUAACUGUACUGCCAUAGAACGUAAGUCCCUUCAGAGAGUGGUUAAAACUGCGAGUAGUUAUUGGAGUUAGUUUGCCCUGUAUUCAGGAUAUAUAUGAAAAGAGGCUCCUCACUAAGGUGAGAAGUAUUUUGGGAGAUCUAUCUCAUCCUAAUGUGGGGAUGUUUUCUGUGUUGCCAUCUAAUAGGCGUUAUCGUUCUAUUCUUUGUCGGACUAACCGGUUAAGGGGUAGUUUUUUCCCAACAGCAGUAAACAUGUUAAACCGGACAAAGCCGAGAUAAAUUGAUAAUUGAGAAUGUCUUGGUUUCAGGAGUGCUCUUUCUGUUCUCAUGGUCUCUGUAUAUGCUUGCUUUUAGUUUCGUUGAUUGUUUAUGUAU